AUGAGUCUCCUCGGGAAAACAUUCAUCGUGACGGGGGGCGCUUCCGGGAUUGGCAAAAGCACAGUCAGGAAGCUGCUGGAGCUCUCGGCGCAGGUGCACGUCGUCGACAUUGCAAGCGACAUCCCGGCACACGGAGGGCUCGCCGGGCAGCAGAGGAACCACGCAAACGUCGACGUCGCCUCGCGGGAACACGUCCGGGGCGUGUUUGACAAGGUCGCGGCGCAAAAGGACGUGCAGCUCGGCGGGCUGGUGCACUGCGCCGGCAUCAUGCGUCCGACCGAGGCCUCGGAGGCGGGCGACGAGUACCUGCGCCAUCUCUGGGACGUCAAUGUGCUUGGGACGUGGAAUGUCAACACCGAGAUGUACCGGCUUGUCAAGGCGUCGCGAGAGUCCGGUGCGGGCGCUGGCGUCGACGCCCUUGCCAGCAUCGUCAACAUAGGCUCCAUGGCGUCCGUUAGGGGCAUUGCCGACGCGCCGGGGUAUGUCGCUACGAAGCACGCGGUUCUUGGGCUCACCCGCUCCUUUGCUCAGUCUUGGGCGUCGGCCGGGCUCAGGGUCAAUUGUGUCGCGCCGGGUGCUGUCAACACCCCCAUGAUUCAGGGCAUGGUGCUCGAGGAUGUUGCGCCGGCAUACAGGGGAGCACUGAGGUCGCUGGUGGAGCCGGAUGAGAUCGCGGACACAAUCAUGUUUCUCUUGGGCAAGGGCUCGUCGGCCAUAACAGGGCAAGUGGUCGAGGUGAAUGGCGGCUGGCCUUAG